GAGGGGCAAAGAGAGUACGAGAGAGCGAGAGAGAAAGCGAGAGCGAGCGAAUGAGAGAGAGAGGGAGGUGCUGCAUCAGCCCGGCACACUCAGGACGCAGCAACAGCAGCAGCUUGGGCUUAGGGGCUCUAUUGUUCCCUGUUUUCCAACAGCAGAGCUGGUUCUCCCUGACUGACCCAGCAACCGGAGCCAGAGAGAGAGAGAGCCAGAGUGAGCGAGGGGACGACAGCAAAGGAGCCCGCACAGCCUUUCAUUUACCCCCGGAUUACCCUAUUAGGACGAGCCGCACACCCUUGUGUGAGAGGGACAAAAGCAGAGCCUCGCUUGCCCUUCUCCCUCCCACACCCUCACGUCUCUGCGUGCGCUCGCCUCGGAGAGCCUCGGUCCUCUGGUCUCUCCCCCUUUUUCUGUUUUGGCGUGGAUAUCUACUGGCCGUGGGAAAGCCAUGUGGCUGGCCGGCGGACUGCAGGGGACGCUUGGUGUCUGGAGAGGGGCACUCCCCCCUCUCUGGAGGCUGGCAGCACUGCUGCUGCUGCUGGGCGUCUGGGAAGUCAAGACCCAAGCCGAGGAGGAUACCAAACCUGUCUACGUCUGGCAAACAGGCCCGUGGGGCCGGUGCAUGGGCAGCGAGUGUGGUCCAGGGGGCAGGCAGAGUCGGGCGGUGUGGUGCGCCCACUCUGAGGGCUGGACCACGCUGCACACCAACUGUGACGAGGCGCUGCGCCCGGACAACCAGCAGAGCUGCUUCCACGUGUGCGACUGGCACAAAGAACUGUACGACUGGCAGCUGGGCGCCUGGAACCAGUGUGUCCCCGUGUCCAUGCGCAGCCCGGGCGUCCAGCGGCCGGCCGUGUGCACGCGCGGGGAGGAGGGCAUCCAGACCCGCGAGGUGGGCUGCGUCCAGAAAGCGGACGGGGUGCCUGCCGAGGACGCCAUCUGUGAGUAUUUUGAGCCCAAGCCCCGUCUGGAGCAAGCCUGCCUGAUCCCCUGCCCGCGGGACUGCGUGGUGUCCCAGUUCACCCCCUGGAACGCCUGCUCCAAGACCUGCGGCACCGGCCUCCAGAACCGCAUCCGCUUCGUCCUGGCUCCGCCCCUGUUCGGGGGCUCGGCCUGCCCCAACCUGACCGAGUUCCAGACGUGCCAGCCGGGGGCCUGUCAGGGCAAGGAGAGCCUCUACAGCCUCAGGGUGGGUUCCUGGGGGCUCUGCUCGGUGCCGCUGCAGCGCCAGGCCCGCCAGACGCCGGAGAAAGGCAAGAAGAGGCAGAAGAAGGCCAAAAACAAGGAGCGGGUGAGAGAGAAGGUGAGGGAGAGGAUGAGAGACAAAGGCAGGGUGAAGGACCCGGAAACCAGGGAGCUGAUCAAGAAGAAGAGGAUCCGGAAUCGUCAGAACCGUCAGGGGGGGAAGUUCUGGGACCUGCAGGUGGGCUACCAGACCAGGGAGGUCACCUGUGUGCACAAGAGUGGAGACACCGAGGCCCUGAGCCUGUGCUCACAAGACACGCUGCCGGUCACCUACCAGGCCUGCGUCAUGACCAAGGACUGCGAGGUCAGCGAGUGGUCCGACUGGUCCGCCUGCUCCAAGGACUGCUACGAUCUGAACGGGCCCAAGGGCGAGCGCGUGCGCAACCGACGCGUGCGCCAGUUCCCCGUCGGAGGAGGGGCGGAGUGUCCGGACGUGGAGGAGAAGGAGCCCUGCACCCCCCAGGGGGACGGGGUCCCGCCGUGCGUCGUGGUGCUUUACACCUUUCCUAAAGGUUAUCGUUGGUACAACUGGAAGACCACGGAAUGGAGCGAGUGCCGGGUGGACACGUUGCUAAGCCAACAGGACCGUCGCCGUGGCAACCAGACGGGGCUCUGCGGGGGCGGGGUCCAGAACCGCGAGGUGUACUGCGUCCAGGCCCCUUCCGACAUGCCGUCCAACCUCAGCGCCCUCAAGAGCAAAGAAGCAUCCAGGCCCGUAGAUAGUGACUUGUGUCUGGGCAUGGCCCCCAGCACCACCCAGCUGUGCAACAUGGCCUGUCCUGUGGAGUGUGACGUGUCCUCCUGGAGCGCCUGGGGGCCCUGCACCUUCGAGAACUGCCAGGACCAAGCAGCCAAGAAAGGUUUCAAACUGAGGAAGAGGAGGAUCGCCAACGAGCCCACGGCCGGCACAGGGAAUUGCCUGCACCUGGUGGAGGCCAUACCAUGUGACGACCCCAGCUGCUACGAUUGGCUGCUGGUGAGACUCGAGGAGUGCGUCCCGGACAAUGAGAAAGAGUGCGGGCCGGGGACACAGGUCCCACAAGUGCAGUGCAUCAACAGUGACGGGGAGUACGUGGACCGACAGCUGUGUCGCGAUGCCAUCCUGCCCAUGCCCGUGGUGUGUGAGGUGCCGUGCCCCAAGGACUGUGUGCUGAGCCCCUGGACAUCCUGGAGCCAGUGCUCCCACACCUGCUCAGGAAAGAACACGGAGGGCAAGCAGACCAGGGCUCGCUCCAUCCUGGCCUACAACGCAGGCCAAGGUGGAGUCCAAUGCCCGAAUAUCAGCGCCCUGCAGGAGGCCCGGAGCUGUAACGAGCACCCGUGUACGGUGUACCACUGGCAGACAGGGCCCUGGGGCCAGUGCAUCGAGGACACCUCCAUCCCCGCCCCUAACUCCUCUCUGGGGCAGUCCCGGGGCGACGACGCCACCUGCUCCGUGGGCAUGCAGACGCGGAAGGUCAUCUGCGUCCGCGUCAACGUGGGCCAGGUGCCGCCCAAAAAGUGCCCGGAGAGUCUCCGUCCAGACACCGUGCGCCCCUGUCUUCUGCCCUGCAAGAGAGACUGCAUAGUCACCCCCUACAGCGAGUGGAGCCCCUGUCCAGCUGCAUGCCAAGCAGGCGGCAACACCAAAAGGAAACAAUCGAGGAAGCGUCUGAUCAUCCAGCCGCCUGCCAACGGGGGCCAAGACUGUCCCGAGGUCCUGACCCAGGAGAGGGACUGCGAUGCUCCCUCCCUCUGUCAGGGCUUCAGGUGGAAGACCCACAAGUGGCGGCGGUGUCAGCUGGUCCCUUGGUCUGUUCGCCAGGACAGCCCUGGGGCUCAGGAGACCUGCGGGCCAGGCCUCCAGGCCAGAGCGAUCUCGUGUCGGAAGCAGGACGGCGGCCAGUCGGAUGUUGGCUCCUGCCUCAAGUUCGCCAGCUCCAUGCCCCCGCUAACUCAACCCUGUCAGCUCCCUUGUCAGGACGACUGCCAGAUGACCAGCUGGUCCAAGUUCUCUUCCUGCACGGCGGACUGUGUGGGGGUCAAGACCAGGAAGAGGAUGCUUGUGGGAAAGAGUAAGAAGCGUGACCAGUGUAAGAACAACCAGGUUUACCCUCUGAGCGAGACCCAGUACUGCCCCUGCAACAAGUACAACGCCCAGCCAGUGGGCAACUGGUCGGACUGCAUCCUCCCAGAAGGAGGUCGUGUGGAGGGCCAGCUGGGCAUGAAGGUGCAGGGGGACAUCAAGGAGUGUGGCCAGGGCUACCGCUACCAGGCCAUGGUGUGUUACGACCAGGACAACCGGCUGGUGGAGACGUCGCGCUGCAACAGCCAUGGUUACAUAGAAGAGGCCUGCAUCAUCCCCUGCCCGUCCGACUGCAAGCUCAGUGAAUGGUCCAACUGGUCGCGCUGUAGCAAGUCGUGUGGCAGUGGGGUCAAAGUGCGCUCCAAGUGGUUGAGAGAAAAACCCUACAACGGUGGACGACCAUGCCCCAAGCUAGACCAUGUUAACCAGGCACAGGUUUACGAGGUGGUGCCGUGCCUCAGUGACUGCGGCCAGUAUGUGUGGGUGGCCGAGCCCUGGAGCGUGUGGAAGGUCAGCAAUGUUGACCUGAAGGAGAACUGUGGAGAAGGAGUCCAGACCCGCAAAGUCAGGUGUAUGCAGAACACUAUUGACGGGCCGUCGGACCAGGUGGAUGACUACCUGUGCGACCCGGAGGAGAUGCCCCUGGGGGCCAGGGACAGCCAUCUGCCCUGCCCCGAGGACUGUGUGCUGUCCGACUGGGGGGACUGGAGCCCGUGUCCGCUGCCAUGCAACAGCAACAGCAGCAGAGAGAGGCUGGCCUCCCCCAUCCGUCUUCCUGGGGAGGGAAAGCAGUGUCCCCCCACCACUGAGACGGCCCCCUGCAAACUCAACAGCAACUGCUUCUACUACUCCUAUAAUAUCACCGACUGGAGCACCUGCCAGCUGAGUGAGAGGGCCGUGUGUGGCAGCGGCAUCAAGACACGCAUGCUGGACUGCGUGCGCAGCGAUGGCAAGUCUGUGGACCUCACGUUGUGCGAGAAGCUCGGCCUUGAGAGGAAGUGGCAAAUGAAUGUUUCCUGUGUGGUGGAGUGCCCUGUCAACUGCCAGCUGUCUGAUUGGUCCCCCUGGUCCGAGUGUACCCACACAUGUGGACUGGCUGGGAAGUUGUGGCGGAGGCGAACAGUGCUCCAGGCCCCCCAGGGAGAUGGGCGUCCCUGCCCGCCCCAGAUGGAGCAGUGGAAGCCCUGCCCUGUCAGGCCCUGCUACCGGUGGCGCUACAGUCCCUGGUCCCAGUGCACAUCUGAGGGGGCGAGGUGCGGGGAAGGCCUGCGCUUCAGGAACGUGUCGUGCUUCGUGUCGGACGGCGAGGGCCGGGGGGAGGGCAGCCUGGUGGACGACGAGCUGUGCGGAGACCUGGAGCCCUCGGUGGAUGGGGACAAACAGAUCACCCUGGAGGAGGCCUGUACCGUACCCUGUCCAGGAGAGUGCUAUCUGACCGACUGGACCGAGUGGAGCCCGUGCCAGCUGAGCUGUGUGGGAGGAGAUGACCUGGGCUUUGGGUCGGUGCAGGUGCGCUCCAGGGCCGUGCUGGCCCAGGAGCCAGAGAACCUGAUGCAGUGUCCAGAACCGGAGUGGGAGGCCCGACCCUGCACAGAGGGCCAGUGUUACGAUUACAAGUGGAUGACUGGAGCCUGGAGAGCUUCGUCACGCCAGGUCUGGUGCCAGCGCUCCGACGGAUUAAAUGUCACAGGUGGAUGUCCAAUGACAGCCCAACCCAUCGCUGACCGAUCAUGUGACCCCGCCUGCAACAAGCUACGCUCCAUCUGCACAGAGGCGGGGGUGUGUGGCUGUGAAGAGGGCUACACCGAGGUGAUGAGCUCAGAUGGCGAGCUGGACCAGUGCACCGUCAUCCCUGUCCUGGAGAUCCCGACGGCGGGCGAUAACCGGGCGGACGUGAAGACCAUCCGUGCCGUCAGCCCCACCCAGCCCUCGUCCAGCCAGCCGGGCCGCGCGGGGAGGACCUGGUUCCUGCAGCCCUUCAGCCCAGAUGGUAAACUGAAGACCUGGGUGUAUGGAGUGGCAGCCGGAGCCUUCGUCCUCGUCGUCUUCAUCGUCUCCAUGACCUACCUAGCAUGUAAAAAGCCAAAGAAGCCCCAGAGGAGACAGAUGAACAACAGGUUGAAGCCCCUGACCCUGGCCUAUGACGGUGAUGCCGACAUGUAGCCCCGCCUCUUCCUGCUGACGGACACACCUGACACGAAGACUGCCACUCGUUUGGGGUCCGCAGGGGUUGUGAUGGCAACGCACCUCAGUCCUCAAGCUAUUGUUGGGCGUGGCUUCAGGAACACCUGGGAUCCUGAGAAGACAAGGGUUUGACCUAAAAGAAAAAGUGCAACCUCAAAGAGAUAAACAAAUUCAAACCUAAUCCCACGUCUUUGGUAGCGUAGAGAUUCUUCUUCCUUCGUCUUUUUGUUUUUGUUUCUUUGUUUCUUUACAUUUUACAGACUUUGUUUCACAAGAGCCUUCACAAACUCUUCUCUUCUUCUGGAAGUCUGCCUUGCUUAUCUGCCAUUUAAUACUUUUUCUGUAACAUAAACGUCUUUGGAAGCGAAGGUUGUCGGAGAGGGUCACCCAGAAACACAAAGCUUUCACGUCAGAAGCACAAGCACAAGUCUCAUCUUGUCCCUGUCCCUCACUGGCCAGCCGUGAGUGGACGUUCCUCUGUCGGAGACAAGGUGAUGCUCUGCGUUGCUCUGUCAUGUUCCCACAAAUAUCAAAAAAAGACCAUAAGUGUACCAGUCUCUCAGAAACAGUAUCCAUCUUGAGUCCUGCCUGCCUCUCCCGUCUCAGUUUUUACAGGCAAAACUAUUUGCACUAUAUUAGUGCAGCAUGAAUACUUACUUAUGUUUAGCAGCGCCAUAGGAAACUGCCUCUCUCAAAACAAGAUGGUGUACAGUCUUGUGCUAGAAAUGUAAAGUUGAGUUUUUUUGCAAACAGAACUCACCAAUCUUUGUUGAUAUUUCUUUUCUUCUAUUACCUCUUGUACGUGAUAUGGUGGGACGCAAUGUAAAUAGGAUUUUUUGCUGUGGUCACAACUCUAUCUUCGUCGUGUGUACAGCUACAAUGUCUCAAUUUUUCCAGACUGACAUUUUGUUUGUCCUCUGAUGUUUUUUGGGGGGGUCUGUGGCUUUUUCUUAAUUUAAAUGUUCUGUGUAUCAGAGAAAUAACAUCACAUCCUCACAACCUGUAAGCAGAUAAUGUGUCUUGAGAAUGCCAAAUUAAACUUUAGAUCAACAACAGAGAAUAUUGACGAUGGAAGACCAUUGUGGCAUUUCUCUACUGCAUUUUCAUCUGAAUCCAUACAAAUCCUCCUGACUGGAGAGUCCGGGAUUGUUCAGCGUCUACUCAAUGACCAUACCACUGAGAGACUGAGACACUGAUAAAUGUAUUACAUGUCUCAACUGUCAUCUCACCAAACCUUUUACUGUAUUUAGACUGGUACGACUCCUAGUCUAGUGAUGCUUCAGAUUUCAUUGAAGGACAAGUUCAUAAGAUAACUUGCAGCAAGUCUACCGUCCCUCACAGUCUACUCAUAAACUGUCUCCUCCUGCCUUGGGGAUUUGAUUUGAUGGGUCUUGUUUUAUAGCUGGAACGUGGCUCCAAACUCCAAUGUUAUGAUAUCAAGAGAUAUCAGUGCAUCGGGCUAAACGCAGGCAUUAUUCAAAUAGAUGAAAAGGAAAUUGGUUGUCAAUUGCAGACUAGGGUCAAAAAUGUAAUCACCUUCCUGAAUAAAUCCAGUCUUAGAAUAUUAAAGAAGGCAUCAAAGGUGAAAGACAGAGUUUUGUUGGUGACCAGUCUUUAAAAAGUGUGUUGCCAGCAAGUCAAGGGAAUGUUUACUUAUAAUUAUGUUUCUUAGAUUAUAAGUUGUUUAUAAAGGUGCAUCAUGUUUCUUUUUUUAUUUAUUUAAUGAUUAUUUAUGUAUCAUAUAUAAAUAUUUUAAUUUCUUUUUUUAUUGCACAAGGUGUUAUGUGAAAAACCUCUCAAAGUGUGACUGUGUGUGGGUGUGUGUGUGUGUGUGUGUGUGUGUGUGUGUGUGUGUGUGUGUGUG